AGCUGGCGGCGUGGGCUGGGUCUGACCGCGAGAAGCGGCUGCGGCAAGGCUGGAGUGCAGCCAUUGAACGUGCAGGGAGGAGGUGUCCCGCGGGUGGGCACGGCUAAUCGCGACACGUGGUUAGGGACGAAGCCGGUAGCAGCAUGGCCCAGUUAACGGCACGGUUCCGCACCGAGAACCGCAGGUACGCUGUGGAGGAUGUGCCCUUCUCGGUGCCCGCGGCCUCCGAGACCACCGACCUCAGCCAUCUCAUCAACAAGCUGCUGGCGGCCGGCAACGUGGAUCACAAACAUGUGGAAUUUGACUUUCUUAUCAAUGGCCAGUUCUUGCGUAUGCCACUGGUCACACACAUGGAAAUGGAAAAUAUCUCCACGGAAGAAGUGGUGGAAAUAGAGUAUGUGGAGAAAUAUAUGGCCCCUCAGCCAGAGGAAUGCAUCUUCCAUGAUGACUGGAUCAGUUCUGUUCAAGCCACUGAAGAAUGGAUAUUAACUGGCUGCUAUGAUCAAACAGCUCAUAUCUGGUCUUUGGAAGGCAAGCCCAUCAUGACAAUGGCUGGGCAUACAGAAGUAGUGAAAGAUGCGGUAUGGGUGAAGCAAGAUAGUUUAUCUUGCCUGAUACUUAGUGCUUCUAUGGACCAAACUGUCCUGCUAUGGGAAUGGAAUGUGGAGAAGAACAAAGUGAAAGCCCUUCACUGCUGCAGGGGACAUGCUGGAAGUGUAGAUUCCAUAGCUGUUGAUUGCACAAGAACUAAAUUCUGCAGUGGAUCCUGGGAUAAGAUGUUAAAGAUCUGGUCUGCAGUACCCACAGAUGAAGAGGAUGAAUUGGAAGAGGCAGCUAAUAGACCACGGAAGAAGCAGAAGACUGAACAAUUUGGAUUAACAAGGACACCCCUGGCAACCCUCUCUGGCCAUACAGAAGCUGUCUCCUCUGUGCUGUGGUCAGAUGCUGAAGAAAUUUGCAGUGCAUCAUGGGACCACACCAUUAAACUCUGGGAUGCUGAGACUGGAGAUCUCAAAUCAACAUUGACUGGAAAUAAAGUAUUUAAUUCUGUCAGCUACUCACCACUGUGUCGUCGCCUGGCAUCCGGAAGCACCGAUAGACACAUCAGACUAUGGGAUCCCCGCAGCAAAGAUGGCUCCUUGGUUCUCCUGUCUCUGACAUCUCACACAGGCUGGGUGACAUCUGUGAAGUGGUCACCUACCCAUGAGCAUCAGCUGAUCUCUGGUUCUCUGGACAACAUUGUAAAGCUCUGGGACACAAGAAGUUGCAAAGCUCCUCUGUAUGAUUUGGCUGCCCAUGAAGACAAGGUUUUGUGUGUGGACUGGACAGAAGCAGGGUUGCUAUUGAGUGGAGGUGCAGACAACAAACUGUAUUGCUACAGAUACCCAGCUACAACUUCUGAUGUUGGAGCAUAAAGGGCAGCAGGCUGAAGA